CUGGCGGAGGAGCUCGGGAGGGGAGGGAGGGGAGGAGGAUUUUCCCGCAGCUCUCCCUCCUUCCUCCUCCUUGCCUUCGCUGGGUCUGCUGCUUCUGCUGCCAGUCGAUUCCUCCUCUUGGCAGCGAAUGACGACUGGAGGCGGUGAGAGCCUCUGAGACAAGCUGCUCCUUUGCGGCCCAUCGGACGCCUUGGCUGAGAGGAGCAAGGCCAGGAUUGGGAGGAAGGGCUGCGCCGCACCGGGACCACCGAGGAGCCUUCCUCCUCCCCCGGCGCCUCCCGCACUCCAAGGGGGAGGCGCGUUGUGAAGAAGGGGGCGCCGAAGUGCCCGGGACUUGGCUUCUCCAGGAGGAGGGGGAGUGAAGUUGCCCCCCUCUCUCAGCAUACCCGAGUGAGGAGGCGGCGCCGGCCAACCCGCAAGGGAGAGAAGGCACUUCCAGCCUUUGCUUGGUUGCUUCCCUGGCUCCUGGGACCCCCGCGGCGGCGCCUGGCAGCCCAGGAUGGCUGCGCUCUCCCUGCGCGCCGGCAGCCGGGCAGCGCUCUUCCUCUGGAUUCUCGGCCAGCUCAGCUGCAGAGCCCGCACAGCCCCGCCGGCUUCCCAAAAAUGUGAUGAACCAUUGGUUUCUGGCUUAGCCCCCUCCUUCUUCAGCAGUUCUUCAUCUAUACCAUCUGCAUCAAAUAGCUAUGCACCAGGGUUUGCAAAACUAAACAAAAGAGGAGGGGCUGGAGGCUGGUGUCCAUCAGACAGUGACCACUAUCAAUGGCUGCAAGUAGAUUUUGGAAACAGGAAACAAAUCAGUGCUAUUGCCACCCAAGGCAGAUACAGCAGUUCUGACUGGGUAACCCAGUACCGAAUGCUCUACAGUGAUACAGGAAGAAACUGGAAGCCAUACCAUCAAGACGGAAAUGUUUGGGCCUUUCCCGGAAACAUAAAUUCAGACAGUGUUGUGCGGCAUGAUUUACAGCAUCCAGUUAUUGCCCGUUAUGUUCGAAUACUUCCUCUGGAUUGGAGUGAAGAGGGACAAAUUGGCCUAAGGAUUGAGGUGUAUGGCUGCCCUUACUGGGCUGAUGUCAUCAAUUUUGAUGGUCAAGGUGUUUUACCAUACAGAUUUGGACACAAGAAGAAAACACUGAAAACACUGAAAGAUGUCAUCGCGCUGAAGUUUAAAACCUCUGAAAGUGAAGGUGUAAUCUUCCAUGGAGAAGGACAACAAGGAGACUAUAUCACACUAGAACUGAAAAUGGCCAAGCUAGUCCUUAAUUUAAAUUUAGGUAGCAACCAGUAUGGUUCAAUUUACGGGCACACAUCUGUAACUACAGGUAGUCUCUUGGAUGACCAUCACUGGCAUUCUGUAGUAAUAGAACGCCAUGGGAGGAACAUCAACCUUACACUUGAUAGACACUUGCAGCAUUUCCGGAUCAAUGGGGAAUUUGAUUAUCUGGACUUGGACUAUGAGAUAACAUUUGGGGGCAUGCCUUCUUCUGGGAAGCCAAGUUCAAACAGCAGAAAAAAUUUCAAAGGCUGCAUGGAGAGCAUAAUCUACAAUACUAAUAAUAUCACAGAUAUGGCCAGGAGGAAGAAACUGGAGUUUUCUAGUGCUGGGAAUUUAAGCUUCUCGUGUGUGGAGCCUCAUACCGUGCCCGUCUUUUUCAAUGCAACCAGUUUCCUGGAACUGCCUGGCCGUCCAAAUCAGGAUGUAUUUUCAGUCAACUUUCAGUUUCGAACAUGGAAUCCAAAUGGACUUCUGCUUUUCAGCAACAUUGCUGAAGGAAGGGGAGCUGUAGAGAUUGAUCUGAUCGAGGGCAAAGUCAGCGUUCAUAUCAAUGUCAAUGUCACUGUGGACAAGAAGAAUCAGAUAGACAUAUCUUCAGGUGCUGGACUCAAUGAUGGGCAGUGGCAUGAAGUUCGGUUCUUAGCAAAGGAAAAUUUUGCUGUCCUUACCAUUGAUGGAGAUGAAGCCUCCUCUGUUCGGAGCAUCAGUCCUCUGAAAGUUUUGACGGGAGAAAAAUAUGUAUUUGGAGGUUUUGUACAACAGUCAUUCCAAGGUUGCAUGCAACUUAUUCAUGUGGAUGAUCAACUGGUGGAUUUGCACGCAGUAGAACAAGGAAAGCUGGGAAGUUUUGCCAAUGUCAGCAUUGAUAUGUGUGCCAUUAUUGAUCGGUGUAUUCCCAAUCACUGUGAACAUGGAGGAAAAUGCACUCAAACAUGGGAUAACUUUAGUUGCACCUGUGAUGGCACUGGAUAUACUGGAGCCACAUGCCAUAACUCUAUUUAUGAACUCUCUUGUGAAGCAUAUAAGCACUUGGGCAGAGCAACAGGUUCCUACUGGAUAGAUCCAGAUGGCAGUGGUGCGUUGGGACCUCUGAAAGUUUACUGCGAUAUGACAGAGGACAAAGUAUGGACUACUGUGCAUCAUGACCUACAAGAGAGAUCUUCAGUAGUAAGCAACCGGCCAGAGAAGCAUGCUUUGAUACAGCUGAAUUACAGUGCCAAUGCAGAUCAGAUCGCUGCCAUCACAGGGAGUGCUGAAUAUUGUGAGCAGUUUAUCUCCUACUCCUGUAAGCUGUCAAAGCUUCUCAAUACACCAGAGGAUAAUCCUUUAACUUGGUGGAUUGGACGUGCUAAUGAAAAACACUACUACUGGGGUGGCUCUGGACCAGGUAUUCAGAAAUGUGCCUGUGGCAUCGAACGGAACUGUACUGAUUCCAGAUACUAUUGCAACUGUGAUGCUGAUUCUAAACAAGAGAGAAAAGAUUCUGGCCUCCUGUCUUACAAAGAGCAUCUACCUGUCAUUCAAGUGAUAGUUGGAGACAUUGGUCGGCCUGGAUCAGAUGCCAAGUUAACUGUGGGCCCUCUGCGAUGCCAUGGAGACCAGAAUUACUGGAAUGCAGCAUCAUUCAUUACUCCAUCUUCAUAUCUUCAUUUCUCCACUUUCCAAGGGGAAACCAGUGCUGACAUUUCUUUCUACUUCAAAACAUCAGCCUCUGAUGGAGUGUUUCUUGAGAAUCUGGGGAAUACAGACUUCAUUAAACUCGAACUAAAAUCUGCAACAGAUGUGUCCUUUUCAUUUGAUGUUGGAAAUGGCCCAGUGGAGAUUGUUGUGAGAUCUUUCAGUCCACUCAAUGAUGAUCAAUGGCAUCGGGUUACUGCUGAGAGGAAUGUUAAAGAGGCCAGCCUGCAAGUGGACCAGCUCCCCAAAGAGAUCCGUAAAGCACCCUCAGAAGGUCACACCCGACUAGAACUGUACAGCCAGCUAUAUGUUGGUGCCGCAGGUGGGCAGAAAGGAUUUUUAGGCUGCAUACGCUCUUUAAGAAUGAAUGGACUGACACUGGAUUUAGAAGAGAGAGCAAAAGUCACACCAGGUGUGAAAUCUGGUUGCUCAGGCCACUGCACCAGUUUUGGAAUGUACUGCAAGAAUGGGGGCAAAUGUGUUGAAAAAUACAAUGGAUACUCCUGUGACUGUUCCAAUACUGCAUAUGAUGGCCCUUACUGCAAAAAAGAUGUUGGAGCAUUUUUUGAAGAGGGGAUGUGGCUGAGAUAUAAUUUUACAAAUGCAGGGAACAAUGUGAAGGACUCAGGGAGCCGAACUCUCUUAAGCUCAAAAGACCCAGAGAAUGCAAUAUCGCACGUCAGCCUGAAAAAAGAAGAGCUCAGUUUUAGCUUCAGCACUAACAAAGCUCCCUGUAUCCUGCUAUACAUCAGUUCCUUCUCCCAGGACUACAUGGCAGUGCUAGUGAAUCCUUCUGAAAAUUUACAGAUUCGAUACAACCUUGGAGGCACCAAAGAGCCAUAUAAUAUAAUUGUAGACCACAGGAAUGUUUCAAAUGGCCAGCCACACAAUGUUAACAUCACACGGAUAGGAAAGGAAUUAACUCUCCAGUUGGACCACUAUCCUCCAGUUACCUAUACCCUUCCAGGACCAUCAAGCCUUCAGUUCAGCUCACUGAAGUCUCUGUUUCUAGGGAAAGUAAUAGAACUUGGGAAGGUUGAUCCAGAGAUCCGUAAAUAUAAUACACCAGGAUUUUCUGGCUGUCUGUCCCGAGUGCAAUUCAACCAGAUCGCUCCGCUCAAGUCAGCCUUAAGAAAAACAAACAUUUCCUCUCAUAUCCACACAGAAGGAGAACUUGUGGAAUCCAACUGCGGAGCAAAUCCACAAACCAUUCAACCAAUGUCUUCAGCAACAGAUCCUUGGCAUUCAAAUUCUGGUUCGGAUCUCCCUUACAAUGGUCAAGUGAUAGGAGGUGGUGUCAACAGGAAUUCAGCAAUUAUUGGAGGAGUGAUUGCUGUUGUGAUCUUCACCAUCCUCUGCACUUUGGUUUUUCUCAUUCGCUACAUGUUCCGCCACAAGGGAACCUACCAUACCAAUGAAGCCAAAGGAGCAGAUUCUGCUGAAAGUGCGGAUGCAGCCAUCAUGAACAAUGACCCUAAUUUUACAGAAACCAUCGAUGAAAGCAAAAAAGAGUGGCUUAUCUAAAAUGGGGUGGGCUAAGCUAGUUUGGAAGUCGAGGUGGGGUGGGACUGGGAAGACUUUUUUUCAGCAAGAAGAAGAGAGCUCUCUUAUGGACUUUUGAGCACAUCUAGUUUUAAAACUAGGAGAUCAGCACAACUUGGAGGAGCAAAUGAGAAACAGUGAGACUGGAAACAUAAGAGCAUUUCAGAAAAGUACUUUUUAAUAUUGGUUUAUGGUGAAUUGCCCUAUCUUGUAGCCAUCGAAAUCAAGAGCUUAUUUUAAGAGGUUCGACAUUGAUUCGCACUUUUCAAUAUUCACUUGUCUUCUUUGUCUGUGGCUGGAGAUGUUUCAAGAUACCUGCUAUAAAAGGGGCUAAUUUUCUAUAUAUUUUUAGAAGCCUCUUGAAAUGUAAAUAUGUCUCCCCCCAAGAACCGCAGAUCAGUCUCUAAAGCCCGGGACCAUUCUUCUCUAGCUUUCUUACAUAGGUCACUUCAUAGAAAGGAAGCAGUAACAACUGGAUUGUGCUUCCUUAAUGUGUCACGAAUCGCCAUCUUAAUGCAUGGUUUAAAGGGUUCAAAUUUAUGCUUAACUGUUUGCAAAACAGACUUCAAAUGGCAUAACGGUUAUUCGGUCAUCCCAGUAAAUUGUGCCAACAGUCAUUCUGUGAGGGAGGCCCUCUGAUGUCUCGUUUUAGUAAUGUGAGUUUAGCUGUAUUAUGACCGAAUCAUCUCGGGUUUUGGAGGCAACCUGGGAAGAACCUAAUAUCAGCUUCACUCCACUUCGCCAAAGGUUUGAGGCUGACAUUGUAAGGUGUGCGAUUUGGGAUUUUCCAACGCCACUGAAUCAUGAAGGAAAGAACCAAGAUGCCAAAAUGGCCACACCAUUAAAAUAUUGGGAAAGCCCUAACAAACAAUUCUCUUCCAAGUACAGUUCCCAGGAAUCCAUAGCUGUUACUUAGCUUACAUCUGAUGUAACAUAGAUCUGUCCUAGAGAACAAAAAACCUGGAUUGUAGGAGAGAAAAACGACAUUCAUCUGUUUUCAAAAACUAAUCAACCUGUGCCGGCAUUUUGAAAUGUGUAUCAGAUGUGGGCACAAGAUAAUGAUUGUGUAUAAUAUAUACGUAUAAAUAAUGUAAAAAAAAAUCUUAUAAUUUCUGUCAUUGUCAGAGAUAGGUAUAUUAAAACAUAAGAAGCCUUAUCUCUUUUCUUGCGCCAAUCAGAUCAUUUCAUGUAGCUCUGUUACUACUCCGCUGAUCAUAUCAUGGUACGCAGUUCUACGUGUGACAUAUUGGCAUAUGCUGUAUGUAUGUAGACAUAUAAUAGGGAAUUAGAAUCAGAUUUUACAAAACCUGUUUGCUUCUGUUUCUUAUAUAUAGGCUGCUGCAGAAAUAUUAUUACAGUUUUUAGCAAACAUAUUUGAUCCAGGAGAUUUUGUGUAAUACAUGGCAUAUACGAUAACAUUUUUUUUUCCUUUUAAUAUCGCGCUGAAAUCUUUCUGUGAAGCCAUUUCCUUUUAAGUUGAAAGGCAGAAACAAAAGAAUUGGAUAAUUUUAUGUGUAAAGGAAGCUGCAGAACUCUAGUUCUUUAACGCCCAUUUUUAUCAUGAUCUCUGCCCUGUUGAAGCAAUUGGAGGGCAGGUAAGGCAAUAACAAGUCACAUUAGGUUAAUUUAUAUUUGCAUAUCAUAAGUGGAGAGAUCUGGGACCAAUUCACACAUCUUGCAUUUAUCUAUGUCCUUGUUUGUGUGAAAGGGCUGUCUUGGAUCAUAUAUGUCUUGAACUUUCUUACAAUGUGAAUGCAGUUCCAGCCAGUGGAGUUCUGCUCAUCGAAGUAUAACAGGAGUCACUGGUCUGCACUGCAAAUCUGAAACUGCUUCAAACUGGGUGAAGCACCAGAAUUUUUCCAAAGAAUCCUGCAAAAUUGUUCUGUGAGUGUGAAUUCUUAGUUGUCCGUUCCUCGUCCUUCCACUCGGUUGAAGCUUUUUGUGUUACGUCACCACGCUCUGUAGCAGUUAAACAUACAUGAAUCUGGUUAAAAUGUAAAUUGUGUAAAAGACACAAAUCCCUUAACAUCUUUUCGCUCCAUCUUGGGAAGAGGCCCUCCCUUGCAGUAAAGACAACAUCACAUACAGUGAUGGUCUUUGAUGGCCCUUUUUUCUUUUUAAUAUUUCCCAUUGCUGAUUAAAAUGAGUCUCUACUAACAAAGCCUUAUGGAAAGUUGUACAGUGCAACUUGAUGAUAAUAUAUCAGUCUUAUGGUCUUUUGCUUAUCGUGUUUUACAAGUUGAAUUACUUCUUGUGAAAAGAUUUUAUGCCCAUGAUGGCUGUGGAUCCAUGUAACCCAUCUGCUCACAAUUUUGGUAUGCACAGCUUUGAAAUGUUUCUGUUAUCAAUUACAUUUCAGAAAGGUUGACUGGGAAUCCAAAAUAACUAUGGUUCGAUGUACUAAAGACUACUAUUCUCUCUUAGAA